GUUUAAUGGUGCGCAUUCCACCGCAAGACGAAACGUGCAUUUAGUUUUGCGGCUUCUGUGGACGCGGUCAAAUGCUGCGAUUUCGCCGUGAUGCUCUCUGUGCAGCCGCCGGCGUGGCACAGCGGUGGCGCACCGGCGGCGGACCGGGCGACCGUCGCGUCCGCACCGACUGGUAUCGAUGUUACCCUUCUAUGAUGGAGGAGAAGGACCGCGACAUGUACCACUGCUACUACCCUUACCUCUUCGACCACGGAGACCGGAUGAGCCUCUACCCCAAAAUCCCAGAGAACCCGCGCGAGUGGCAGGUGGAGCAGCUGCAGACGACGUACGACGCCAUUCGUGAGGAUAAGUACGACGCUUUUACUCGCUUGCGGGAGAAGUUCCCGGAGCUGUACCAGGACACCCGCGCUUGGGACAACCCGCCCCCCUUUGGCGAGUUUAACAUGUUUUACAGUGUCCGCUUCGGCCUGAUCGGCGUGAAGGUCUUUACCUGCAAGGACUACGAUGAGCUGGGCAACCAGUUCGACUGCACUGCCUUCUGGUUCCCUGAUAAUCAAAUUGUGAAGCACAGCACGCGCAACGGCGACGUCGGCACGGACAAGGUCUUCGUCGGCGCCAUGAACGUACCGGUGGAGUUCCACAAGCCGCACGUGGCGUCCUUCUACAAGGCGGCCGGCGUACCGGUGAAGCACGUGUCUGCUGGCUUCCCGAUUACACCGGAUGCUUACGCCCCUGUGGGCACGAAACUGGAUGUGCGCCACUUCAAGCCUGGGCAGGAGGUCACGAUUACCUUCCAGAACACAGAUUACGGCUUUCAGGGUGUCAUGUUCCGACACGGCUUCGAUGGCGGCUACGUGUGGCUCGGCGACUCGAAAUGGCAGCGCCGUCCGGGCUGCAUGGGCGCCGAGGGACAGAAGCGCAUCUUCCCCGGGCACCGCAUGGCCGGCCAGACUGGCGCCUCAGCGGAGACUUACCAGGGUGUGCCAGUGUGGCGCAUCGACUACAAAAACUCUCUCAUAUACCUCCCCACCUUAAUCGACGCGGACGUCGGCACGUACGUGAAGUUCAGCGACACCAUCAAUACGAAAGGCUACACGCUGUGGAACGAGCACCGCGGGCUGCCCGCCUUCCCGACCUUUAUUCCCAGCGAGGAGGAGGACCUCAGCAAACUCGCCACCGACGAGUGCCAACUGACAUCGCCACCCUUGUACACGUACUUCAGGGAUGAGUUCGUUUCGGCACAGCUGGUGAGCCAGUCGGACGUUGAAGACGCGAAGAGCGCGAAGCCCACCACGGCCGCACCAAAGAAGAAGGUGUACGACAUGAAGAAGUACAUCGAGGCGAGGAAGAAGUACCGGCAAAACCUGCGCAAGUCGCGCAAGUACAAAUUGAUGGGUCUGCGCACACGCGCGCACGAGAAGCAGCAGGAGGCGAGGCGCGCGAAGAUUUUGAAGUACAAACGUGUGAAGACGUGA